UCAUAAUUUUACGACUUUUGUCGUGCUUUUGUCAUUGUAGUAAAAAUAAAGUUAUUCUGUCAGGUGAAAUUCAUGGCUGUAUUUUUUUUUGGAAAAUUAUUUUAUUAAGUGACAUGUGCCCUUUUUUUGUGAUUUUAAUUUAGGGUCAAUAUAAUCGCUAAUUUCCAAAAAUGGACGUAGACAACGCAGCUUCUGAAAGUCCUGUAACAGGAAAUGGGGUCAUAGAUAUUGAACAGUCCUUUUUGCAGCAAUUUAGCUGCAUGGGUACCACUGACAGAGAUGAACUUAUUCAGCAGUUACAAAAACUUCUUGGAACUCAACUAAAUUACUCCACAGCAGCCUUUUUCUUGGAUAUGAACAAUUGGAAUUUGCAAGCUGCUGUAUGUUCUUAUUUUGACUAUGAGAACCCAAAUCCUUUGCCUCAGAUGAAACUGGUUGCAGAUCCUUUUGCAAAUGAAAAUGAGAGUGUAGAGCCAAACGUAAGAUUCAAAAAGACUUGGCAUGUUUCGAAUAGUGGUAAUGAAACGUGGCCAACUAAUUGUUACGCUCAAUGUUCAGAUGGUCAUAAUUUAGGCGGAGAUAGGGUACCUCUUCCAUGUUUAAACCCCGGAGAAGGCUUUCAGUUGUCUGUUGAAUUGGAAGGGCCCUCUGUUCCAGGCAUUUACCAGAGCAAAUGGAGAUUAUGUACAUCAAAGGGUUCCUAUUUUGGUGAUCCAAUGUGGGUAAUAGUAACAGUCGUGGAAGAGGGUACAAUAGCCUUGACGAAUCAAUUGUCUCAUUUUAACGAAUUAGGAGCGCUACCACCCACAAGCAAUGCUUACAAUCCCUUCUCGCCCCAUCAGAUCCACAUAGGAAACAAUCAGGAUGUGGCUCCUCCAGACGGACAAAAGGAUUCUUCAAUGUUCUAGUACUUGCUUUCAUCAACUUAAACAGUGCCACAGUGUGAGGGGGAAAAUGAGUGCAUUUAUGAAUGAGUUGAAAACAUUUUUUGAUGAGUAUGUCAAAGUUAAAAAAAGAG